GCCACUUCUCUUCCCUUCUUCAUUCUUCGCCAGGCUCUCUGCUGACUCCAGUCAAGUUCUGCAGUUUACGAUCUUCUAGUUGGAGCGAUGAGUGCAAGAGUGAGAUCAAGAUCCAGAGGAAGAGGAGAUGGUCAGGAGGCUCCCGAUGUGGUUGCAUUCGUGGCUCCUGGUGAAUCUGAGCAAGAGGAACCACCAACUGACAAUCAGGAUAUUGAACCUGGACGAGAGAGAGAAAGAACACCUCCAAUUGAAGAACGUAAAGUGGAAGGUGAUUGCCAGGAAAUGGAUCUGGAAAACACUGGGAAUGAGCGUGAAGAUGGCUCUGAUGUAAAAGAGAAGACUCCACCUAAUUCGGAGCGUGCUAAGACUAAGGAAGCAGGAGAUGGGCAACCAUAAAUUAAAAAGAAGACAAGCUGAAGCUACACACAUGGCUGAUGUCACAUUGAAAAUGUGACUGAAAAUUUGAAAAUUUUCUCAAUAAAGUUUGAGUUUUCUCUGAAGAA